CCCGCCUCUCUCUCUCUCUCUGCCCCCAGCGCUCACGGUGCUUUUGAAGGCCAAUCAUACACAGUGCCUUUCUGUUACAGGUUCUUUAUCUCUUUUCCUUCCUCAAUUCGCCCUUACAUUUCCCUCUUUACUCUAUUCUUCAGCUUCAUGGGGUCCCAAUUGUUACUAAAACCUUUCAAAUCAUCACACACAGUUUCUAAUCUAGGGUUUUCAAAUCUUCCUCUUAACUUCAUGCUUUCUUCUUUCUGUAUUGGACAAUGCUAAUUGAAAGAGUAGAAUAGUUUACUGGUCUGGCAGUUAUAUUGUUGUUGUGAAUAUACAUUCUUUUUCUUUCUCACAUGCAAUGGGUAAUGUUGACAUUCCCAAUUGGCUAAAAGCCUUGCCAUUGGCUCCGGAAUUUCGCCCAACUGAUACCGAAUUCGCCGACCCAAUUGCUUACAUUUCAAAGAUUGAGAAAGAAGCUAGCGCUUUUGGGAUAUGUAAGAUCAUUCCGCCAUUACCCAAGCCUUCUAAAAAAUAUGUGCUCUCUAAUUUAAACAAGUCUCUUUUGAAGAGCCCGGAAUUGGCUUCAGAUAGUAAUUCAGUUGAAGUUAGUAAUUCCUCGAAAAUUACUUCUGGGGAUAGUGGUAGUGAUGGGGAGGCACGGGCUGUGUUUACCACAAGGCAUCAGGAACUGGGGCAGAGUAUUAAAAGAACCAAAGGAACAAUUCAAAGCCCACUUUCAGGUGUUCAUAAGCAAGUAUGGCAGAGUGGGGAAACUUAUACACUUGAACAGUUUGAGUCUAAAUCAAAGGCUUUUGCAAGAAGUGUACUAGGCAUGGUUAAGGAGGUUUCUCCUCUGGUUAUAGAGGCUAUGUUUUGGAAGGCAGCUUCAGAGAAGCCUAUAUAUGUGGAGUAUGCCAAUGAUAUGCCUGGGUCUGCUUUUGGGGAAUCCAAGGGUCAAUUUCGUUAUAUUCAUAGAAGGCGAAGGAAAAAGGCUUAUUAUCAAAGGAGUCUAGAUACCACAGAUUGCCAAGAACCCAAAAUUGAUAAAAUAAGAGAUACCCGGACUAGCGAAAGUAAGGAUGCUUCUGCCCAUGGUCGUGAAGACUCAUGCUUACAGACCUCAAAUUCAACUUCAACUCCAUCAACAUUUUCAUCAAAUGAAGCCCUACAUUCUAUUAGGCAGAAGAGUUCAGAUUCCAGCGACGAGAUGGAAGGUAGUGCUGGUUGGAAGCUUUCAAACAGUCCUUGGAACUUACAAGUUAUUGCACGUUCACAAGGCUCGCUAACUCGUUUCAUGCCAGAUGAUAUUCCUGGUGUUACUUCCCCCAUGGUAUACAUUGGUAUGCUGUUCAGUUGGUUUGCUUGGCAUGUAGAAGAUCAUGAACUUCACAGCAUGAAUUUUCUUCACAUUGGCUCAUCAAAAACUUGGUAUGCUGUUCCUGGAGAUUAUGCCUUUGCUUUUGAGGAACUCAUCCGCAAUGAGGCUUAUGGUGCCAAUAUUGAUCACUUAGCUGCUCUGACUCUGUUGGGGGAGAAGACAACCCUUCUAUCACCUGAGGUGGUUGUUGCAUCUGGAAUCCCUUGUUGCAGGUUGACGCAGAACCCUGGAGAAUUUGUUGUGACCUUUCCAAGGGCUUAUCAUGUAGGAUUCAGCCAUGGUUUUAACUGCGGGGAAGCUGCUAACUUUGGAACUCCACAAUGGCUCACAGUGGCCAAGGAAGCUGCAGUGCGUAGGGCUGCAAUGAAUUAUCUUCCCAUGCUUUCCCAUCAGCAACUGCUUUUAUUGACUAUGUCUUUUGUUUCAAGAGUGCCAAGAACGUUAUUACCGGGUGUGCGGAGUUCCCGUCUGCGAGACCGUCAAAGAGAAGAAAGAGAAUUGUUAGUAAAAAGAUCUUUUAUAGAAGAUAUGCUGCAAGAAAACAAUCUCCUAUCUAUUCUUCUUGGAAAGCAGUCAACUUAUCAUGCUGUUUUAUGGAAUGCUGAUUUACUCCCUGAUUCAAGCAAGGAUUGUCCUCAGUUGCCUGACUCAACUUCUAUGACUAGAACCUCUAUGACGGACAAUAUGUCAAAUUUGACUGCUAUAGAUAAGAGCAGUCACAGUUGUCUGUUAGAUGAAAUGAGCUUGUAUAUGGAGAAUCUGACUGAUUUUUAUCUUGGCGAGGACAGUCUUCCAUGUCACUUCCAAACUGAUUCAGGAGCGUUGGCUUGUGUGGCUUGUGGAAUUCUUGGUUUUCCGUUCAUGACUGUGGUACAACCAUCGGAGAGAUCAGCAAUGGAAAUUUUGCCAGUCUCAGGGAAUGCUCUUUCUGUUAGUGAUCCACCUUCAACAAAUGAACCAUUGAAACUAUCAUUAAUGAACCGUGACAAGGGUUGGAACACCUCUAGUAAAUUUUUGAGGCCACGAAUUUUCUGCCUGGAGCAUGCUGUUCAGAUUAUGGAGAUGCUACAGUGUAAAGGUGGAGCUAGUGUGCUUGUAAUUUGCCAUUCAGACUACCAGAAAAUCAAAGCACAUGCGAGUGCAGUAGCAGAGGAGAUAGGCUGUGCUUUUGAUUAUAAUGAGGUUCCGUUAGAUACUGCAUCCCCUGAAGAUUUGACCUUGAUAGACCUUGCGAUUGAUGGUGAAGAACCCAAUGAAUGUGAAGAAGACUGGACAUCUAAAUUAGGAAUUAACCUGCGGUAUUGUGUCAAUGCAAGAAAGAACACUCCGUUUAAACAAGCUCCUUUCAAAUUGGCUCUGGGAAUGUUGUUUCCUGAGAAAUUUCCUGAUUCAGUUGUCUUAUCUGUAAAUUGGCAGUCAAAGAGAUUUCGCUCCAGAAGGUUGAAGUAUUUAGCUCAGGCACAAGCAUGUGAUGGGAUUCAGAGAAAGAAUGGUGAUCAGUUGGAAGGAAAGACAAAUGGCUCCAAUGAAAAAAAGAUGCUUCAGUAUUCAAGGAGAAAAUUCAGGUCAAAGCAAGGUUGUUUCUCUGGAUCAAACAUGGUUCAUGUACCGCACCAAGAGUCCAUAAAUGUGCCAACUGUCUUGAGUGGAGAUUCUGGUGGCCAGGUUUCUGAAAAUGGCCCUGGCACUGAGAAUUCUAGGAGUGAUUGUGCAUUGUCAUCUGUCCUGCAGAAAAUGGCCGCUAGUCUGAGUUUGAAAGUUGCUUCUUCACAACCUUCAGAUUUCACCCUGGAACCUAUGUCAGUGGACGAAAAUGAUGGACGAGAGGUCCAGAAUCAGACUACAGAGGAAUUAAAUAUUGAUGGAAAAAGUAGUUGCACAACACCUGAUCAUUCUAUGAUGGCUUGUAAGAUGGGUGCUUCAGAAAUUGGUACUAAGGACAACGAAAUUUCGCACGAGAGGAUAAAUUGUAGCUCACUUACGAUUGCUAAAGACAAAAAUAUUGACAUGCUUGCUGAGAAUCUUAUCGCAAAAGCAAUUAACACCAAUUAUAGCAAUAGCCUGGAUUUCAAUGGAGUGCAUCAAGAUUUUGAUACUACCCACAAGAGUAACAGGGUGGAAGCUACUUCAUCUCCUGUUUCAUCGGUAACUCAGCAGACGCUUCCCAUCAUGGAAGAAAAUUCUGAUCUUGCUAGGAGGAAUCAUAACACUGAAAGCAUGAGCCAUGCAUCCUUAAAAGAGAUGAUAGACACUUCUAGUUUGAAUGCAAACGACAAGGAGCUUACUGUAAGCUGUGAUAAAUCAAUAAAUGAACAGACGUCAAAGAUUGGUGCUCAUGAAAUUCCAAGAGAGCUUUGUGCCCCUGCAGAUUCCUGCUGUCAAUUUACUUCGGAUGUGAGGAAAGAACUGGAAAUCCAGCCAAGAAGCAUGAAUGAUGAGGAAAUCUGCUCUGGUACUGGUGCUGAGCCAUCAUUAAAGGAUUCUCCUCUGUCAAUCCGGGAGUGUUCUGCAAUUGAGGGAGAGAAAUAUGCUAGAGAUAGCUUAAAUGGAAGUAAAGUUCAUUUUUCACAAGACUAUAGGGAGCUGCCAAGCUCUGAAAAUUCUCCAGGCCUUAGGUCAAAUACCCGGAAGAAAAGAAACAGGGAAUUGGAACAUAUACAAGAGAUCAAUGUAAGUUUCCGUGGCUUUGUUAGAAGUCCAUGUGAAGGGUUGAGGUCGAGGGCUUGUAAAGUAGCCUCUGGCAGAAGCAUGGCUGAAACCAGCAAUUCUGUGGAGGAAAAUCCGGAGGUUAAAAGGGCUCGGAGGAAAUCAUCAGAUGUGGUGUAUAGCAAGAGCAAAAAGGAUGUUAUUAAGAGGUCUCACAGGUGUGACAUAGAUGGUUGCCAUAUGAGAUUUAUGACCAAGGAAGAGUUAAUGUUACACAAACGCAACCGCUGCCCUCAUGAUGGGUGCGGAAAGAAGUUCAGGUCCCACAAGUAUGCUGUGCUUCACCAGCGUGUCCAUGAUGAUGAACGGCCCCUCAAAUGCCCAUGGGAAGGUUGCUUAAUGUCAUUCAAGUGGGCAUGGGCCAGGACCGAGCAUAUACGGGUGCAUACUGGGGAAAAGCCAUACCGCUGCAAGGUUGAGGGAUGUGGCCUUUCGUUCAGAUUUGUAUCUGAUUAUAGCAGGCACAGGCGGAAAACUGGGCACUAUGUAAAGUCACUUGACUGAGAUAAAACAUUCAUUUGCCAUCAGACUGUUUUUGUAACAUCAUGCACAUACGCAGCUAGUCUCAGGAUAUCAUGUCUGACCUGAUAUCUUCUGGUUAGGUGUAAAGUUAGGAAUUGAAUGGUUGUUUUGUAGGUUAUUGUAAUCCAAUGUAUCUUGAAGGUGGUGAAAGUGGAGUAGUUCAGAGAAUUUUUUCAUCUUUCUGGAUUAUUUGACGGCAGAUUUGGUAGCUGCGGCAGCAUCAAGCUCCGGGAGAGAAGAAAUAUCAUAUUGUUGGCUGGUCACAUUCUUGCUGGCCCACAUUUUGUGAAGCUGCCUGUACUUAUGGAUCUUUUGGUGCUCUGGAUAGUUUAUUGUGCACUCAAGAGUACUUGAGAUUGAGUUCAUUUGUCCUCUAGGAAGACCAAAGUGGGCAAAAAUUCAGUCAAAGCAGGACGCGUCCGAUGAUUGAAUUUGCUUUUUUCCAUUCAUUUGUCUCUGAAUUCAGUUCAGUAGUUACCUACACGUGCCCAAAAAUGGGUUGAGUGCAAAUAUUUAACUGUCUAUAAUUGUCCAAUUUUUGUUCAAGACCUGUGUCAAGAAGUCGCCGUCUUGAA